AGCGUGGUUUAAUUGAGAAAAUAUUCCCUCUAAAGCAUGAAAUGCAGCCAAUUAAGAAAAACAUAACAGCUUGUUAAAAUUCUGGGAUUGCAAUUUUGGUUGGAACGAAAAUCGGCAUUACACAGGGGCGUCCAGGACCGAGUUUGAAAACCACUAGCCGAGGAUACAGCUCAAUGUUCCUGUUCCUUGAAUUUCACGUGAUUGCGCGCCCACUUCUGAGGGACUGAGUGCGCGUUCUAGCAAAAAACGGAAAGCACUUGGUGGGUAGGCAAAAAAAGAGAAAAAGAACGAAGGACAACGAAGAACAUAAAAACAUGGAUUUUCUCAUAGGAAGCCCGUUUUCCACACCGGUCGGACAGCGAAUAGAGCAAGCCACCACCCCCUCUCUGCAGGCGGAGGACUGGGGACUCAACAUGGAGAUCUGUGACAUCAUCAACGAGACGGACGAGGGACCUAAAGAUGCAGUCAAAGCAAUAAAGAGGAAGAUUGUGGGGAAUAAGAAUUUCAGAGAAGUCAUGCUGGCGCUAACUGUGCUGGAGGCGUGCGUGAAGAACUGCGGACACAGGUUCCAUGUUCUAGUGUCGACCAGAGAGUUUGUGGAGGGGGUUCUGGUCCGAGCCAUUUUGCCGAAAAACAAUCCCCCCAUGGCCCUGCAUGACAAGGUGUUGAGUCUCAUACAGGCAUGGGCGGACGCCUUCCGGAGCGCCCCGUCUCUGACCGGCGUCGUGUCCGUGUACGAGGACUUGAGGAGAAGGGGCCUGGAGUUCCCCAUGACUGACCUGGACGCACUCUCCCCAAUUCACACGCCUCACCGGAGCGUACCGGAAGAUGAGUCACCUGUUGCCGUGACGACUGCACCCCCAACUCAGACCCCUGCGCCGCCCCCGAAUCCUGUACUCCAGCAGAGCACAGCGGGGCCCCACACCCUCUCACCUGAACAGUUGCAGAAGCUGAGAGCUGACUUGGAUAUUGUGCUGGGGAAUCUUACGGUGAUGUCAGAGAUGCUGAACCAGCUGACUCCAGGCCACGCCCAGCAAUCUGACAUGGAGUUGCUCCAGCAGUUGUACACCGUGUGCAGGCAAAUGCAGGACAGAGUGGUGGAGCUGAUCCCCAGACUUGCUGAAGAGGGACUGAUAGAGGAGCUGCUAGCAGUCAACGAUGAGCUCAACAACAACUUCCUCCGCUACCACAGAUUUGAGAGACUUUCCAGUGCACAGAAUGUUGCCCAGCAGACUCCCGACACCACCCCUGCAAAUCUCCUAGACCUCAGUCCUGUCAAUCAGCCAGCUGGAACAGAGACUCCUGCCCUUCAGCCCAUCACCCAGUCAGAAGUCAGCUCUGUGUCAAAUGAGAGGGCCACCCUCAAUGCCGGAGGUGAUGACGAGUUUGACAUGUUUGCUCAGACCAGAGGCAGCUCUCUCGCUGAUCAAAGAAAGAGUGUACGGUAUGAAGAUCCUGGGGCAGUGGAGGGUCUCGCAGGAGCCCUGGACACUAGACUGCAGGUCACUGGAGCGAUCCCCUCCUCUCACAGCACUACCCUGGAGGACGUGGACAAGUGGCUGUCUGCGGACGUGGAAGUGACACCGGCAGACAAUGAAGGGGUAACCAGUGAAGAGUUUGACAAGUUUCUGGAGGAGAGGGCCAUGGUUGCAGACCCCAGCCCCAGCCGGCCAGACACAGCCUCAGCUCAAACCCGCUCUGUGCCACAGUCUGCCCGGCAACACGAAAGGUCACAUGACCAACUCUUUACACUCUAAGCAAAUGAAGGAAUGAGAGUAACUGAUGGGCCAUAGAUGUUAUGCACACGCACGCACACACACGUGCUCACACACACACACACGCAUACACACGCGUGCGCACAUGCACACACACACACACACACAACUGCAUACAUUUUUUUGUGUUAUUAGUGGCUGCAUUCCUUUAACUUAACUACAAGAAAAAUGACAUGCAGCGAGCCUGAUUUAGGGGUACUUUCGAUACUGUGGUGUCUCUGAAAUAUCCCUUCUUUAUUACAAUAAUAUGCAGGCUGUAGUAGAAACCCAUGGUACAGUACAUGUGAGGUUACUUACGCAGCAUUAAAAGGCAAAAGCACAGUCUCUAGCAUUGCAUCGUCCACCUUAGAAAUUGUCAUGUUGCAUUGUCUUCCCACUGUCAAUCACAAGUGGGAGCCAUGUGAAGAUAAAAGGCAAAAUCAUUGGCAGUUUUUAAAUGAAGUCAAGAUAUGCUAAUUCUGUGGAAGAAAUGCGUAGUAACUAUGUGUGUAAAAAAAUGAACUGUGCAAAUCAUUGAAAAAAAGAAUUCUGUGUCUGUGGUAUCGUCAAAGUUUAUUUGAUAUGUUGUAGGCAUAAAAAAGUGCUCCUUGUAUUUAUGGUUGCGGAGGAUCAAAGUGUAUUUGGUAUGUUAUACAAUACUAUUGUAAACAUGUUUUGAUUGUUAUUAAAAAGCAAUCGUGGUUUUUUUUUGGGGGGGGCGGGCGGUUAGGAAGUUGUUGCGUUUGAGACAGAUGUGUCGUGUCCCAUGGAGUAGUAUCUGCGCUUUGCUUUGGCCGUGUGCAGGGCUGCUUUGUGUGUGGCACUUGUGCCUUAAUAAAUGAGCAGUGCUCCGUUGAGGAGUGACUGUAAUUCACAA